AAUCCAACAUGAAGCUAGAGGGUUUGGAUAGAUAAUUUUUUGACACGAACACGGAAGUUAAACCGGACAAAUACAGAUUGGACUUGAACAACUCAAAAAAACAUGAAUAACCAUUUAUUUUUUUGUGUCAACCCAUUUACUAGAAAUAACAUGACUCGAAUACGAUACGAUAAGCUGACAUCAGACCCGACCCCAUGUUGCACAAGCUUUCUUAGAUAGCAAGAAAGUUUCGAGGCAAGAUAACCCAACUAGAUCAACUCAAUAUUUCUAAUGCUUGCAUGUGCCAUCUACUACCAUAGUGUUUUUUUUUUUUGCUGAUUUUACAUUUUAUGUGAUUAUGAUGAUUUUCAAAAAUGUCUUCAUUUAUGUUAUCAGAUCAAAUAGGUUGUUCAUGUGAAACAUAGUUACGGGUAUAAUUCUAUAUACCUUUUUCGUAUGAUGCGUUUAAGUUAAUAGGAAUUUUGACAUGAAUCCGAAAUGACAUGACUCGAACACAACAGCAUAUAGUGCCCAAACCUCACAAAAAGACCUAAAGUCCACCUGCUCUGUUUAGCCCUUUGAAUAAGUCUGGAUUGGCGGGUGGAAGUCGAAUGGAAACUACAUGGAAACUGAGGAGAUUAGUUGUUGACUGCCGGAUCUGUGCUAUAAAAAGACCUAAAGUCUAAAGGCGUGAGUAUGCAUGAAAACCCAUCCAUCCAUCUAAAGAAAGGCAAAGAUUAAGAACAAGAAGAGGAGAAGAACAAAGAACUGAGAGCAACCGUCAACUAACAUGGCGGCAAUCACGAUGGCGGAGAUGUGGACGACUGUGGGCUCUACGAUCGCUAGUUUCAUGUUCGUUUGGACGAUCAUCCGCCAGUACUGCCCCUACGAGGUUCGCCACUUCUUAGAGAAAUCGAUGCAUAGACUCGAGAACUUUUUCAACCCAUACAUCCAUGUUUCCAUCCACGAGUUCAUGGGGACUGGGCUCAACCGUAGCGAAGCCUAUGCCACAGUCGAGGCAUACCUAAGCACGAAUUCAGCAAAAAGUGCAAAAAGGCUCAAACUUGAGAUGGAAAAAGACAGCAAAAAGAUUGUACUAACCAUGGAUGAGUACGAGAAGCUGACGGAUGAGUUUCAAGGUGCAAAAAUAUCAUGGGUUUUGGGCAUCAGAUCACCCAAACCCGUGGGAAAUGGUAACAAUUCGCAGCCGGAGAGGAGAUAUUACAAUCUUACAUUCCAUAAGCGUUAUAGGGAGAUGAUAGCCGAAUCUUACUUGGAGCAUGUGAUGAAGAAAGGGAAGGAGAUUAGGGUAAAGAAUAGGCAGAGGAAGCUCUACACAAAUGGUGCUAGGGAUAAAUAUGCAUAUCCCAGGCAACCCAUGUGGAGUGAUGUACCGUUUGAGCAUCCAGCGAGAUUUGAGUCGGUAGCAAUGGAGGCAGAGAAGAAGCAGGAGAUCAUAGAAGAUCUUCUGACUUUCAGCCAGAGCAAGGAUUUUUACGCUCGGAUUGGGAAAGCGUGGAAAAGGGGGUAUUUACUAUAUGGUCCCCCUGGCACAGGGAAGUCUACGAUGAUUGCCGCAAUGGCAAAUUUGUUGAAUUACAAUGUUUAUGAUCUCGAGCUCACGGCAGUCGAGGACAAUACAGAGCUAAAGAAGCUAUUGAUAGAGAUUACGGGUAAAUCCAUUAUCGUAAUCGAGGAUAUUGACUGCUCACUUGAUCUUACAGGUCACAGGAAGAAGAAGACAGAGAAAGAAACAGAAGACAAGAAUGAGGAGGAGAAAAAGCAAACCGACUUGAAGAACAGAGAAGGCAAGGGAUUUAGCAAAGUUACGCUUUCUGGGCUUCUAAAUUUCAUCGACGGUCUCUGGUCUGCUUGCGGAGGAGAGAGAAUAAUUGUGUUUACAACUAAUUAUGUGGAGAAGCUGGACCCAGCACUCAUAAGAAGGGGAAGAAUGGACAAGCAUAUUGAGCUUUCGUACUGCAGUUUUGAAGGAUUUAAGGUACUCGCGAAGAAUUACCUGUUGGUAGAAGCACAUCCACUGUUUGACAAGAUCAGACGGUUGAUGGACGAGACCAAGAUUACACCUGCUGACGUGGCAGAGGCCCUCAUGCGCAAGUCCCCUAGAGAAGAUGUGGAGAAAUCCCUUUCUAAACUGAUACAAGCUCUUGAGGAAGCAAAGAAAGAAGCUGCAACGAAGAAAGCAGAGGAGGAAUCAAGAGUGAAGGCACCGGCAAAGGAUGAUUCACCGUUGCAAGAUAAGAAAGAAACUGAAGAACCGCAAUCACUUGAUGAUGGUGCAGCCACUUGAUAGCAGUUCUGCUCUAGGUGUAAAUCUCAUGCAUAUAGUAUGCAAUUGGAUAUCAAUUACGGAUAUUGCAUGGUGUUAAACGAAUCUAGUUAAGCUCAGGAAUACGUUUAUUUGCUAAUAUGAUGGCCGGUCAUAGUUCAGUAAAGAUUUUAAGUGGGUCCGCUUGGACUAUGCUAUGUAUGAAUGAUCUUUUAUAUUUCAUAGGAGUUCUUGGUCCUUGAUUUAUAGUUCUUGCAUUAACUGGUCCGAAAUUAGGUGUUGCUA